AUGCCAGCUGCCGCCUCAGGGCGCAGCAAGUUGGAGCGCAAGAAGGACCGACUGAAUCGUCGAAAGAUUGCAGCCGCAGCUGAGCGUGAUGCAUUGGCUCGAGAACAUGAGGCAGCGCGUGUUGCAGCCAUCAGUCGUAGUCGUCUGCGUCGUCUUCCGCCGUGGCUGCCCACGUUACCGUCCACCAAUCCGCAUGACGCCGCCGUAUUCCGAGAUAUUAAUGAUAAGUCGAGACCUGUAGCUCUACGUUUAGGUCAAGAGAUGAUGCGUUACUGUGCCUACACACAGCGUGUGGUGGACGCUGCGCGCCAACACAUUGACGCAGCCAUUGCGCAUAUAGUUGAGGGUGUGCGCAAGAUCUGGCCACACGCGACUGUCACGUGCUUUGGCUCGUAUUCUACAGGUCUUUGGCUUCCAUCUAGUGAUGUGGAUGUAGUGGUCAUGGGGUUAUCAAACGAAAAAGACCGAGACGUUCCGACGAGGUACAUACCCGAUGGAGUAAAAGAACUCGAACAAUUAGCACGACAGCUGCGGCCGCAAAAGAGCUGGGUGCAGCGCGUAGACGUAGUAAGAGGUGCAAAAGUUCCUGUUGCGAAAGUACUGCUACGUCGUGGUAGUCAGAAAGAUGGAGGAAACCCUGCGCUGCUUGGAGUAGAUAUUUCAAUCGAAAAUGUCCAAACCAGCCAUGGAAUUGAGGCUAGCAAGUUAGUGCGUCAAUAUGUUACCGAUUUACACGGUCUCAAACCGCUUGUAAUGGUAUUGCGGCAGUUUUUGAGAGAAAAGGCAUUAAAUAGUGCUUUCACGGGUGGAUUGAGCUCGUACGCAGUGACAUUGUUAGCAGUGUUUCUGAUGGAAAUGCAGAGACAUCAGAAGGAAGAAAAUGAAUAUAAUGAUUACAGAGAUGACACGUCAGAAGAUGAAAUAGCGCAGAAAACUGGACAGUUGUUACUCGAUUUUUUGGAGUAUUACGGGACAUCAUUUGAUUACUUCACAACUGGACUCUCGUUAAAACCAGAAGCGUUUGGUGCGUAUCCACUUGCAGCACAUCUGUCGAUCACGAACGGUUUGCCUCUCAUGCCGCAGCUUGUAAUUGACGACCCAGUGUACAAGAACGGACAGCAUAAUGCGGCAGCAGGAGCAUUUGCGCUAGCUCGAGUAGUUGCUGCACUAGAGAAUGGCUAUUUCGCCUUGUGUUAUCAUAUGCCGACACAGUUCGCACCAACGCCAUUGUGUCAGUUGCUGCACUGGUCAGGCCACCAAGCACGGGAUCUCGAUUACUCAACUAAGCAAUAG